AUGAAUGCUCGCAGAGAGGGGAUUGAUUUCCUCACUCAGAGUCCCUAUCGCCCUGCGAGAUCACAAAUCCAGAAUGACACCUUUUGGCAGCAACUGCAGGACAAUAAGACCUUGACUUAUAUUCUCGUCGCAGCUAUAUCCGUUCUUCUCCUCCUUAACCAGUUUCGUUCCGUGUCGGCGCCGAUCGUUCGCGCAGUGUGGGACAUUCUCGUGUACCUGACGCCCUCUCGAGUAGUGGCUGCUCUGGAUUCGAAGGGGAUAAAACAGGACGGAGCCGACUCGAUGACAUUUCAAGCGAAAAGCGAGGCGAUGCAACGAAUUCUUGGGCUAGAAAAUACCUCACUGUCCUCGUUCUUUCCUCGCGCCCGGUCGCUUUCUGGCUUCGGAAACGCCCUUCUAGGGAGUAGGGGUACUGUACCGCCAGGACUCGGGAACUGGGAUAACUCGUGCUAUCAGAACAGUAUCAUACAGGGUCUAGCAUCGCUACAUUCGUUUGCGGAUUUUCUUGACCGGAACAUCGGCCAACUCAGCGCGAAAGUCUCGCUCUCGACUCACGAAGCGCUCAAAGGGAUUAUCGAACGACUGAACAGCGCAGAGAACCAUGGACAACGGCUAUGGACGCCGCCGGACUUGAAAUCGAUGAGCAGUUGGCAGCAGCAGGAUGCGCAGGAAUAUUUUUCAAAGGUGAUAGAUCAGAUUGAUCAUGAAGUGCAGCAAGGUACAAGGCGACAGACACGAAACCUUGGGCUGAAAAUGGCGGGACCGCAGGAACAUGUUAUUGGAGCUACCUCGGUGCAGCAAUCGUCCCUUGAUGGGGCUGUUGAUGGGCGACAACCGGAAAAUCAAUUGUUUCGCAAUCCCUUGGAAGGUCUUCUUGCACAGAGGGUGGGCUGUAUGCAAUGUGGAUGGACUGAGGGUCUGUCGCUGAUUCCGUUUAACUGCUUGACGGUGCCUCUUGGGACGAGUUAUGAAUACGACGUUCGCGAUUGCUUGGACCAUUAUAUGAAUCUCGAGCCGAUUGAAGGCGUGGAAUGUGCAAAGUGCACACUUUUGCGGGUCCAGACUCAACUGCGCAAUAUCCUGCAACAAAUUCCAGCUGAUAAAAAACUUUCAGAGACAGCCGAUUCAUCAAACAUCUCGGACGCUCUGAGGACGUCAGCCGAGGAACGACUUCGAGCUGUCGAGGAAGCGUUGGAGGAUACAGAUUUUGCGGAGAAGACCCUGUCGAAAAAGUGCCACAUUCCUUCGAAGAGUAGAGUUACCACGACAAAGUCGCGGCAAGCCGUCAUUGCAAGAGCCCCCAGCUGCUUGGUCAUUCACAUCAAUCGCAGCGUCUUUGAUGAGCACACCGGUAUGUUGAGGAAGAACUACGCGGCGGUCAAGUUUCCCAAGGAUCUCGAUCUUAGCGAGUGGUGUCUCGGCGGCAGCUAUCGGGAUACUGUCGAGCAAAAGGUUGAAAAUUGGGGCACUGACCCCCGAGUGUCGAUGCUCCCCCCGCCAGGCGCAGCGAGGGAUACGUUCGGCCGCCGGUAUGAACUGCGUGCAGUAGUCACACACUAUGGCCGUCACGAGAACGGACAUUAUAUAUGCUACAGGAAGUAUCCCGUCGACACCUUCCCGGCUGAGGUUCCAGAAGCAGUUUUGGAAGCGGACGGUGAGAAGGAGAAGUCCGAGCGGUGGUACAGAUUGAGUGACGAGGACGUACAGAUGGUCAGCGAGGAGAAUGUCUUUUCGCAGGGAGGAGCAUUCAUGCUGUUUUACGAAGCAGUGGCGCCCAGCCCUAGAAGCCUGGAUUCUGAGUCGAACGGCAUUGACAACCCAGUGUCUAACUCCAACACCACAUCUCCGGAAGACAUGUCCUCCAUCACAUCGACGACGACCGAUCGGUCAACCGCUUCAGACACGUCCCGCGCGACGAGCGUAUCAGCCGAAGGAGCUGAUCCGACUAACGGCAAGGCUUUAGAUGUCGAUUAG